GUCUUACAGCAAAAAAUGGCUGUUCAACCUCUCUCCACUAUAGUAACCACUUCAAAAGGCAUCAACCACCUCAAUUACAGAGUACCCACAAAAAACACAACAUUGGAAGCAAAACAUUUGCAAAACCAAUGGCUUGGAACUCCAAUUAAAUACUCUCUUCAAUCCAAGAAUUACAAACCAUUUCUUACUAAACAUUGCCCCAUUAAAGCCACUCUCUCCUUCAGCCUUCCCUAUGGAAAGCCAGAUCCUGCAGUAUCUAUUGAGAAAAUUCCUAAAUGGUCGUCAAAGGCGAUAAAAUCAUUUGCCAUGGGUGAACUGGAAGCAAGAAAACUUAAAUAUCCCACUACCGGAACAGAAGCUCUUCUUAUGGGGAUUUUGAUUGAAGGUACGAAUUUUGCUUCAAAAUAUUUGAGGGGAAAUGGUAUUACACUCUUUAAAGUUCGUGAAGAAACUAUCAAAAUACGUGGAAAAGCAGACUUGUUCUAUUUCAGUCCCGAGCAUCCUCCUUUGACUGAAGAUGCACAAAAGGCUCUUGAUUGGGCACUUGAUGAAAAGCUCAAAUCCGGUCAAAAUGGGGAGAUUACAACUACUCAUUUGCUCCUUGGAGUAUGGUCACAACAAGGUUCACCAGGUUAUAAGGUACUCGCUACAUUGGGCUUCAAUGACGAAAAAGCUAAAGAACUGGAGAAUGUAAUUUCAGAACCUGGAUUUUUUGAGGAUUAAAGAGGUUGAUUUUGCUUUGAUGUAUUCCUUUAACCUAAACUGGGGCUCUAAAUUUGCAAUCAGAUUAGUCAUUUUUCGCGA